UAGUUGAUUCAGUCACUCACUCACACCGUCUCUGGGCUCUCAUGUCGUCUUUGUGAAGUGGAGAGGAGCACAGUACACACGAGGUUUGGAAAAACAAAAGCGGAUUUCUCUCUGCGGUCCAAUCUGAAAAGCACGCCUUGAGGAGGGGUCAGCGAGGGACUGUGCACGAGGAAUACAUGAAGGGAGGGGUGGGGGAGGGGGCGGUGACCACAGCAGCAGCAGCAGCAGUCCGGGGUCAAAGUUCACACAGACCCACUCUGUGAUUGAUGAGGAUUAAGAGACGGAUUUUGCCCAGUAGCAAACGCGCAGGAACCUCCUCACACGCCGAGUAAAGAACUUUAAUGGCGUCCCGGUAGAGCCAUCAAGAUGAACACGUUACCAUCAAUGGACCGGCACAUCCAGCAGACCAAUGACAGGCUGCAGUGCAUCAAACAGCACUUACAGAACCCGGCCAACUUCCAGACGGCAGCCACAGAGCUGUUGGACUGGUGCGGAGAUCCCCGGGCCUUCCAGCGACCUUUCGAGCAAAGCCUCAUGGGAUGUCUGACGGUGGUGAGUCGCGUGGCCGCUCAGCAGGGGUUUGACUUGGACCUGGGCUACAGGUUGCUGGCUGUGUGCGCUGCCAACAGGGACAAAUUUACUCCCAAAUCUGCAGAAACCAACACCUGCAGGAGAUGUCAGAGUGACUCAGCCCUGCUGUCGUCGUGGUGCGAGGAGCUGGGUCGCCUCCUCCUGCUGCGUCAUCAGAAGAACAGGCAGAACGAACCGCAGGGCAAAGUCCCCAUGCAGCCCAGCAUGAACAGCAUGAAGCCCGGCCUCACACACAGUGAUGGAUCCUUUCCCUAUGACUCAGUCCCCUGGCAACAAAACACCAACCAGCCCCCUGGGUCGUUGUCUGUGGUUACGACAGUGUGGGGUGUGACCAAUACAUCACAGAGUCAGGUGCUGGGUAACCCUAUGGCUAACAGUAAUAACCCUCUGAAUCCCACGGGUAACCCUAUGGCAUCGGGCAUGUCUGGCAGCGGGGCGGGGCUCAACGCACCCCAGUUCAGUGCUCAGCAGCAGCAGUUUCCUACCAAAGGAGGCUCCAACCAGCCUUACAUGCAACAGAGCAUGUAUGGCCGACCCGGCUACCCCGGAGGUCCUGGGGGAUACAGUGGGAGUUACUCUGGCGGCCCUAAUGCCCCUCCAGGAGGUAUGGGUAUGUCGCCACACACGCGUCCUCCUGGCGACUUCACCCAACCAGCUGCUGCUGCCGCCGCCGCUGCUGUCGCUGCUGCAGCUGCGACAGCAACGGCCACAGCGACAGCCACUGUGGCUGCCCUUCAGGAGACCCAAAAUAAAGACAUGAACCAGUAUAACCAGAUGUGUUCAUCGUUCCAGAUGGGCCCCGCUCAAGCCUACAACAGCCAGUUCAUGAACCAGCCGGGCCCACGAGGCCCCCCUGGAGGCAUGAACCCAGCCAACAUGGGAUCAGCCAUGACUAACCCCAACAUGAGCGGACCUCCCAUGGGCAUGAGCCAAGCCCGAGCCCCGGGAAUGGGGCCUUUCGGAGCUCAUGGCCAGAGGAUGCCCCAGCAAGGCUAUCCCGGAGGGCCACGACAGGGCAUACCCAUGCAGGGGAUGAAGAGGCCAUACCCAGGGGAGAGUUACGGGGGUCAGCAGUACGGGCCUAACGGUCAGUUCCCGCAGCAGGGGCAGUAUCCCACCUCUAAUGCCUCCAGGCCACUGCCCUCUCCUAACUACCCUGGUCAAAGGAUGCCAGGGCAGCAGGGACAAGGGCAGUACCCACCUGGCAUGCCCAUGAGCCAAUACUACAAGCAAGAGCCAUUCAAUGGUCAGGGCACCAACUUCUCUGGGGGUGGAUACUCCUACGGCCAAGGCAAUGGGCCCCCCAGGCCUGGCAACUACCCCCACUCUCCUGUCCCUGGCAACCCCACACCCCCCAUGACCCCAGGGAGCAGUAUUCCUCCGUACCUGUCGCCUAACCAGGACGUCAAACCCCCGUUUCCACCAGAUAUGAAACCAAAUAUGACAGCGCUUCCUCCCCCUCCAACCAAUCCCAACGAGGAGCUACGGCUGACGUUCCCAGUCAGGGACGGGGUGGUGCUGGAACCGUUCCGCUUGGAGCACAACCUGGCUGUCAGUAACCACGUCUUCCACCUUCGACCCUCCGUCCACCAGACCCUCAUGUGGAGGUCAGACCUGGAGCUGCAGUUUAAGUGCUACCACCACGAGGACAGGCAGAUGAACACCAACUGGCCCGCCUCCGUCCAGGUCAGCGUCAACGCCACGCCCCUCACCAUUGAGAGAGGAGACAACAAAACCUCCCAUAAACCCCUGCACCUGAAGCAUGUAUGCCAACCUGGGAGAAACACUAUCCAGAUUACUGUCACUGCCUGCUGCUGUUCCCACCUGUUUGUGCUGCAGCUGGUCCACAGGCCAUCUGUGCGAUCCGUCCUCCAGGGGCUCCUGAAGAAGAGACUCCUGCCUGCGGAGCACUGCAUCACUAAAAUCAAGAGGAACUUCAGCAGUGUAGCGGCGUCGGCAGGCAACACCACCCUCAACGGGGAAGAUGGUGUGGAGCAGACGGCCAUUAAAGUCUCGCUGAAGUGUCCCAUCACCUUCCGACGAAUCCAGCUACCCGCACGAGGGCAUGACUGCAAACAUGUCCAGUGCUUUGAUCUGGAGUCAUACUUGCAGCUCAAUUGUGAGAGGGGGACAUGGAGGUGUCCUGUAUGCAAUAAAACGGCAUUAUUAGAAGGUCUGGAGGUGGACCAGUAUAUGUGGGGAAUUCUCAAUGCCAUCCAGAAUUCGGAGUUUGAGGAGGUCACGAUUGACCCGACAUGUAGUUGGCGACCUGUCCCCAUUAAGUCUGAGCUACACAUCAAAGAGGACCCUGACGGCCCGCUUGCCAAGCGCUUCAAGACCAUGAGCCCAAGCCAGAUGACCAUGCCCAAUGUAAUGGAGAUGAUUGCCCAGCUGGGGCCUGGCCCCGGCCCUGGCCCAGGACCUGGUCCCGGCCCUGGCCCUGGCCCAGGUCCUAGCCCCUACUCAUCACACUCUGCUCAUCACACUGGCGGCAACGGGGGAGACUAUCCAGGAGCAGGCAACAAUUACCAUGGCCAAGCGAACUUUGACUUCCCUCAUGGUAACCCAUCUGGAGGUGCAGGAGGUGGAGGAGGAGGAGCAGGAGGAGGAGGAGGCCCCCCGAUGAAUGACUUCAUGCAUGGCCCCCAGUUGUCCCACCCUCCUGAUGCCCCUGGUGGUCUUCUCCCCCAGGACAAGCCCCUCAACCAUGGCAUGACUGACACAAUGUCCCAUCCCGAUCAGUCCCAUAAUUCCAUGCAGCAGAGCUUGCAUGCGUCUCCACACCCUGGCAACCAAACAGGGCAGCCCUUACAUCACAGUGGCCAGUCAGGGCAGCCCUUGCAUCACAGUGGCCAAUCAUCGCAACCGCCUCGCCAGCCGCAGCCUCAGCCACCGCCUCAGCAGCCUGGGCAGAACAGUCAUCCCCACAGCGAUCUGAACUUUAACCCCUCCUCAGAUGGGCAGAUGGGCCAGGGAGCCCAGGAUAUGCCUGAACCCUCCCUGGAUCUGCUUCCAGAGCUGGCCAACCCAGACGAGUUACUAUCCUACCUGGACCCCCCUGACCUUCCCACCAACAGCAAUGACGACCUUCUCUCCCUGUUUGAGAACAAUUAGCCCCCUCACUUCACCCGAAGCCCUCCUGCACACACAAGGAGUCGUGAUGUGUUUGACUGUCUGUCCGCAGAUACUUCAUUGACCUCCGACGAACAAUUCAUGCAGUUCCCUGUGCAUGCACGCACAAGCAUACACACGCAAACACACGGUUUGUCAGCAGAUAAUGUGUGGCAUAGGAACGCAGUUCAACGAGGCAUCAGCGUCUGUUUGGGAGACCACAGGGAAGUCACUCGAAUCCUCACUCCCUUUUCCCGGUGUAAAGAUUCCACACACCAGUUCACCACCUCUGACUAUCAACACACCAUCCACAGCCAUGUUGGCUGGCACUUAAGUGAUAUUAUAUUUACAUAUAUGAUAUCUGUGACUAUUCAACUGAAAACUGUGCAGCUAUGAUCAGUUCAUGUGUACACAACACAGGGGAGACAGGAGCCUUUGUGGGCUUUAGGCAAAGUGUUGUAGCUUUUUUAAUUAUGAUUUUCCUUUUGUGAAAAAAAGACAAGAGUCGGAGGGGAAAAAACGUCUUGUAAGAGUGUUUUUAUCCUAUUUGAAAUGUGUUCUUCCAAGACUUUGGCGUAUGCCGUGCUCUUUGACCCCCUACUUCCUAGUGUGUGUUUCCAGCUGGAGGUUAGCUUUCUCGUACACAGUCGACUAGCUGGAAGUCAGCACAGCCUCACCAGAACCAGAGCACUGACAGGACGAGUGCAAAUGUCCCUGAGUGUAAACAGAGAAAUGAGCAAACAUCGUGCAAUGUAGUGUGUGUGUGUGUGUGUGUGUGUGUGUGUGUGUGUGUGUGAGAGAGAGAGAGACAGAGAGUUUGUUUGCCUGUGAGUGUGCAUGGAUGACCGUGGGGAGAGAAAUAUGUGUUCAAACAAGUGAAAGAGACAGAGAGAAGGAAACCGAAUGGAAGAGAAAGAAAUCCAUCCACCUGGUGAAGCCUCCUGUCUCGGUGUGUCUGCCCUUUCCUCUGUAGUUCUGGUGAUAUUUAUUGUAACUUUUCGCUCUCCCUCAUCAAAUUCAGCACCGUUUUUGUUCACAAGUGCAUGUGUGCCAAUGGCUCCUGUUGUCUUUGUCUCGCCUAAACAUGCUUGAUCAAAGUCAUGUUUUUUUUCUGUCUUGUCUGGGUCAUAUUUAUUAUUUUAUUGCAAAUUCAUGUAUGUUUUUUUUUUUUUUUUUAUCGUUGUCCUUUUUUGUCUCACUUUGAAAUUAAUCAGAUACACACCACCAAAGCUGUCCAAUUUUUUUUCUCUUUUUUUUGUUUUUGUUUUUAAGGGGGUUGGCCUGGAUAUUUUAUUGGUAUAAGAACAGGAUUAUAACAUCCUACCGGCGUCAUGUUUUGAAGUCACUGUAUUUUAUAAGCAUCUGUGUGAUUGUAUUAGACUUCUCUUUUGUCAUUUUGUUACUGUUGAACUACAAUAGUCAUCUUGUUUUGGAAGAGCAUCGUGCAUGAUCCAACAAUGUUUCUAGAGCUGUUGUAUAUACCCUUUGUGAAUACUUUGUGACUGUACAGUACUGUACCUAUCUGUUAUUGGCAACUACAUGGUACUGUAUGUCUGUCAAGGACUACACAUGCUCACCCACCCAACCACACACACUCUCUCUCACACACACACACACACACACACACACACACACAUAUAUACAUGCAUAUAGACAUAUACAUACACAUAGACAUUCACACAGACACACAAUCCCUGAUUAAUAGCCCAUUAUUGUAAUGAAUUAAUCCAAAUGCUCUCUCACUGGCCUUGUGUUAAAUACCUGUGUGUUGGUGUGUUGUUUCCAAAUUCCUAUUCCCCCAUGGCAAUGCAUCAGUGAAAAAGAAAAUACACUGAAAUACACAGCAAGCAAGUCAGAGUGAGAGUUGGAAUUUUUUGUUUUCCUCUUUCUAUAUAUAGAAACACACACACACACACACUCUCACACACACACACACACACACACACACAUCUGUCAGCUUUUUAUGAGCAAAUUUUUUGUUUAAAGAUUUGUUAAUGCAGCUUAGAGGUCCAAAAUUCUCCAAAAGAAAUGUUUUUUUCCCUUUUUUUUUUUAAACACAUAUUAUCGGAACAAGUGACCUCGUCAUCUUUAUUUAAAGUGAGAAUGUGCAAAAAGUCCUCGAGAUUGUCUUUGAGGCCUGAUAUGAGCUUUUGAUAACCAUACUUUGCAAAAAGAAAAGAAAUGCGUGAACAUUGUUGUGUAUUUUCACCACAUUUUAUAUUGUUUAAAGUUUUAAGUUAUUAUUAUUUUUUUUUUGUCCAAGUGUUUUUAUGACAGGUAUAAUUUGGUUUACAUAAUUUUAUGCAGUAAAUGAAUUUGAAAUAUAUGUUGUAGACUAAAUGUUCCCCAUUUGAGAUAGAUUUCUAUUUGAAGAACUAAAUAUGGCUACACUGGUCCUCAAAAUUGAUCAAAUCACCUGCAUAUAACACAGUUGAAGCAUUAAGUGUUCUUUUUGUUUGUUCUAUGUGUUUGUUAAAGACAAUGCACUGCCGCAUUGGGAUGUUUUAUUUCCCUAUACAGUGUGUUACAAUAACUGUUAGUUUAACCCUUCACAGAAUCACAUCGAAAUUUGAAAAAUCUUUUUGGGGCGCCCUGCCCUGUCACAAAUUGUACAGUUUGGUUGUUGACGUUGGAAAUUGAGUCGAGGAAUCAAAAGAAAAUGCAACUAAUAUUGUAAAAUGAAAUUGGAGCUGGGAGUGCCCCCCUCCUAUGUGAGUAGCAAGGGAAGGACGAGGUGGAGGGCGGGUGGCGGGGAGUGGGGGGUGUAAGGGAUACGUGUACAUAAUGUAAAUGACAAAUAGAGACACGUUAACAGAAAUGUAUUCAUUUUCUCCAGGGGGAAUGUGCAUAGUGUAUUUAGAAUUUGUAAAGCUUGCAUCCUCCUGUCAGACAUUGAAUUGGGAAAAUGAGUCCGUGUUUGAUAGCGUCUGUGCAGACCUCUCUAACCACGCCUGUUCAUUUAUGUAAGAUACUUUAUGUACCCCUCCACAUGGGGUUUUGAAGAAAAAAAAACACACACACACACUUUUCUUUUCCUUUGUGUAAUAUUAAACUUCUGUGUAUUUCUCUAUUACCUGUGUACUUUAUAAAGGUGCUACAAAAUGAUAAGAACCUUUUGAGGUAUAAUUGGGACUUGGAGACGUGGAGCCUCAAGGGGUUCCUAAGGGUUGUUUCCAAAUUUACAGUUUUACAAUUUUGUCAAAUUUAUAAUUUUUAUGCAAUUUGGCAAAAUAUGCUAUAAAGGUACAAUCUGAAGUGAUUGGCACAACAGGUGGCAGUUGUCUCUUUGGUUUUGUACAUUCUAUGUACAAUCAUUUCAUAUUCUAAACUGGUCAGAAAAAAAAAAACAUAUUGUGAUUUUUAGUCUUGCAAAUCUGUAUGUAGUUAGAUGACGUGACAUCCUAAUAUUUAUCUAAUAAAUAUGUAUUCAGAUGAAACAUUCA